UGACCUAAAAAACAUAAAUGUACGCGCCAUAUAUGCAAAUAUGAAUUGGUCACGUGAUUUCAUGUCGUUGAAUUGCCUUUGUACGCCCUUUURCUUUCAUUAAUUUGUAUUGUGCAUGGCUCGUAAACCGUCAUCAAUGUUAGAAUUGACCUUUCCUACGGUCCUCGUACUCAAAUUCAUCGAUUGUGAGCUAAGGCGAUCGCGAAAGAGUCAUUGUAAAGUUACGGUGCUAUGACGUCAUACAGGGUUAUGUGAUUUCAUCUAUUGUUUUGACGUCGUCUGGCUAACGCAUUUAUGCUAAUUUACAACCGGGAACUAAAUAUAGACGAUUUUAGUGCUCGGGGCGAACGGAUCACGUUUCCGCGUCAUCCAAACUUCGAGAUCUCAUAUUUAUUCCGGUUAGAAUUGUUUUACGUCCAAGUGUGUGUCUCAUAUUCUAGCAACUUCGACGUGUGUUUGAUUUUCGUUCCGUUCUGUUGGCUGGCUAAGGGUUUAGUACUUUCACGGUUGUUUCCACCGAUUACUUGGAGCACGAAACACGUCCUCAAAUGCUUUAUAUCGUUACUAAUAGUAAUUUCUCAGCCUUGUAAUAGCGAACAUAAUACGUUUAGACAAUAUUCAUUUCAUGACAUCGUCCGACAGGAAAUUCUAGUUGUCAUAUCGUCUUGUUGGAGCAAUUUGGACAGAGAAGAAAUUCUCAUUGCCAAAAUGGCCGCUCGAUUUCAGCGACAGCACUGCUUUCUCUGUGAUCUGCCMCACUCGCCAUGGGCCGUCUUACACGACUUUUCUGAGCCAGUGUGCCGUGGCUGUUGCAAUUACGAAGGAGCAGAACGAAUCGAAGACAUUAUUCACUAUGUGCGAAUUUUAAGGAAAAAUUGGGAAAAAGCCGAGACAGGAAACAGAUCGAAAAAUAUGAAGAACGAGAGAGUAAACUCGACCGGCUCAUCCGUUUCUUCUACGCCUAGCCCUCCACCUUCUCACGUAGCUCUAAAUAAUGGUGGCCCGAAUUUUCCUGUGACAGAUCACAAACGAGUAGCGAGCAAAUAUCAAAAUCCUCAACGAAUGARCGAAGAUGGCGGAGAUGUAGUAAGCUCGAACGCCGGUGGGCCAUUACCAAAGAUUAGCUCGCCAGACUCAGCAAAUGGAUUGAAAGUCCCCAGUAAUCGAGCGAUGAAUAUUGGUGGUCGUGAUGGUGAGAGAAGAGGGUCAAAUUUCCCCGAUGAUCCUCGUCAUAGCAUGAUAAACGGAAGUGGUGUUCGAAAUCUUCAAGGGCAAAUUGUUAGCUCUCAUAUGGGUCAAGGACCGGUCGGUUUAGAAUUGCCCAGGCAGGAGUUUAUAGUCCAAGAGACUCUAAGUUUAUUAAACCGAUCAGUGCCGUUUGAUAUAAGGUUCAAGAAGGAACACAGUCUAGUUGGCAGAAUUUUUGCCUUUGAUUUAAGCUCUAGAAUGGGGACUCAAGAGUUGGAACUGAAAAUGUUGAUUGAGUAUCCUCGUGGGUCUGGUUGUGUCUUUCAAAAUGCAKCCAGACUUGCCAAGCAAAUGCAUGUGGACUCCUCCAAGGAGUAUGGUCGAGGUGUUUCGUCAGGGUUCAAGUAUAUUGAGUAUGAAAAGGACAGAUCGAAAGGAGAGUGGAGACUUCUUGCUGAACUUGUCCAGGAACCAGUUCGCUUGUUCAAAGAACCAAUUAUUCAAGAACUUUUACCAUGUCGACAGUUUGAACCAAAUGAUCCCCCUAUCCCAAAUGUCAACUUGUCCUUUAGCCCACGACCAGGAAUUAUGCUUUCUCGUAAAAGAAAAGGACCUGAAAUGGAAGAAUACGAAAUCCUUGCUGCACGUCAAAAUAUGAUGGGACGACUACCUAAUAAGGAGGAGAUGAUGGCUCCAGGUUGGAUGCAUGGUACAGUGGAGUACAGCAAACUACAAGCAGUUAGUGGUGCUGCAUUUCCUGGUACGCCAGUUAGUAGUAUYCCAUCUGCAUCUGUUCCACCAAUGGUAACUACACCUGUAACUAAAGUCAGUGGYAUGGCCWUAUCAGUUGGCGAAGGACACCAUCCAGCAUUAAAGUCUCCAAUAAACACAGUCAUACCAAACCGUCUUGAUGUUGGAGUAAGAGAGGAUGGUCGACCUGGYAUCCAUAUUUCCCAAUCAUCUACAGCAGCGAGGAGAUCUCCAAGGGCUCCUAAUGGGCCAAUAUCUAAGUCUGCUGAAAGCCACAGUGGCCCUGAUAGUGAAGGGAAAGAACGCACUCCMGGYGCAAGCAUAUUACGGUGUAGUCUGUGUAGGGAUAAAUUAGAGGAUACUCAUUUUGUACAGUGUCCAUCAAUUGGACAUCAUAAGUUUUGUUUUCCAUGUUCUAGAGACAGCAUUAAAAAACAAGGAGCCGGUGCUGAGGUGUUUUGUCCGAGUGGAGAACGUUGCCCUCUACAAGGAAGUAACCUGCCUUGGGCUUUYAUGCAGGAUGAGAUAGCAACCAUUUUGGGAACGGAGUUCACUGUAAAAAAAGAAAAGGACAAUUGAUAACAGUAAUAACUUGUUAUAUUGGUUUGCUGCAUCAAAAACAAUCAAAGAUGAAUUAUUUCAAGCCUUCUCAAAGAAGUAGUAUCAUUUCAAGGUUUUACACAAAUAUAAUAGUUGUUAUUAGUAAAUAUGUACAUAUAAUCAUUAUAAUGUUAGAGGUCAAUGUCAUAGAUAGUGCUAUUUUCAUUCUGACAUCACUGUUAGUCUCGUUUGCACAUGUUUGUCCUUGUGAUAUUUUGUCCAUUCAUUUUGUACAAUAUUAGAUUUAAAAAAAGAACUUGUAAAUUUUUAAGGAGAGUUCCAUUUGAGGAUUAUUGAAAUUGCAAAUACCUACCCUCUAUCUAUGAUUACAUUGCUCUUUACACUCGGACUAAGUCAUUUCAUGCAAGUUUCACAAUUAAAAUUGUUUUUGUAUGUUUUCACCUAAAAUAAUUGAUUAUUUACAAAAAGUGAUAUAGCAAUUUUAAGUACUUUUUAUCAGUGAAUUUUUGGUGCUCAAUAAGCAAUAUGGUAUGUCCUGUAAAAAGAGGAGUUUCAAUAAUUCUACAAAUCUUUUAUGUUUGGAUUCAUAUCUUUUAUGAUAUAAACUGUUCGAUUUCAAAACAUUUUUAUAGUUUUACAAAAUAUAUGUAGUUAUAAUAAUUAUGUUAUGUGUUUGUUAGCUGUGUUUAUGCAAUUUCKCUCAUGUUAGUACUCACUGAAUUUUUUAUGAAGAAUGUUUUCUUUCUAUUUACUGCAUUUCUCACAUAAAAAAUACUUAUUUACUUUGCUUAUGAAAUAUAGGUGAGCCAAUUAAUACCAAAMUAAUAAAUCAUUUGUCUAGAUGCUGAGAGAGAGGUCACUGCUAAACUUGUUAAAGAAGUUUCUUGAAGACUGAACCAAUGAUGGUUUCAUGUUGUGUAUUCUGUGUGUGUAUAGAUUAGCCAAAAUAACAUCAUAUUUGUGUGAUAAAUGCAGAAACUGCAUAAGUUUAUGAUACCUGUUUAUUACGGGAUCAUUUUACAAAGAAUGAAACACUUAGAAAAAGUUUUAUAUUCACACAGGUGGAUGAAUUGCUUUUUGGUCAUUUGUGGCAUAUUAUUGCACUGUCAUUAYAAAGCAUUAAAUCAUGAAACAGCAGUGAGUUUAAGUAUGAGAAUCACUGAAAAAAGCAGCAUAAUUUCAGUGUAUUCAUUGUAUGAACUAACCAAAGGUCUUAUGUCAUUUAAUAUUUAUUUCUACUGUACAUGGUUAACGUGAAAGUGUGCGGCCAAUUGCARAUGGUCUUUGACAUACAUUUUUCAGGUUUUUAUAUUAUACAAAGAGGUAGUUCUUUUAGCUGUAGUUUAUAUUGAAUUACUCUUUGAUGUACAAAGCAUUGUUGUUAACUAUGUAACAAUACAAUAAYUUAAGUUAGUAGAUGUAGCACCAGAAUGAUGUUAACUUUGUUUUUAGUUUGAGUAGUGAGUUGCAAAUGCAGUGGUUUUCAUAAAYCUGUGAGAUAGUAUACUAAGUURUACUACAGUGCAAUAGACAGCUAAACUCAGCAAAAUACAGAGAUGUGUUGUAGCUAUUUCAAAGGUUUAUGAAAUUCACUUUCGUUUUAGUGUCUUAAAACAUUAAAGUGCAUUCGUUAUAUCCUUGAAACAGUUGUUGUGUCUCAAAGACAUAAUGAAUAUACUCUAGUACUGAACUGUGAAUUUGUAAAAAAAUCUAUGUAUCAUGUUCUUGAUAAAAUGUGUUGAAAUUUA